AAAUAGCAUUAGUAUAGUCAGUCACUUUUCUCCACCAAAUAAACUCCAAUCCAACAAAUCCUCCAAAACCCAACAACCCCACAAAUUCCUACUUGUAUUUAUGUAUGGGCUCCCAUCAAAACUUAGGCAAAGCAGAACCAAAAACAUCAAAUUUCCGAUGGCUCGUCAAAUUUAUCUGAAGCAAAUGCCCCUAAGCACAUCACAAGCUGGCCUUGCUGCAAUGACAGUUCUCCUGUGUGCAUUUGCGUUGUUCAUGUGUGCUUCACAUUCGCGCAAAUGGCGUCGCUUGGGUGCCUGCUAUGGCUCGUCCAAUCAUGAUCCAGUUAUAGAGCUCAACAAUGAUGAUAUUAUGGUGAGAAAUGGAGUUUAUGGGGUUCCCGGACGUGACAACAAUGAAGUCAUGUUUAGUGGUGAGCAGCGAGGAGUCCCGGUUUGGCAAAAGAACAUACUUAUGGGCGGAAAGUGUCAGCUACCGGAUUUUUCAGGUGUCAUCAUUUAUGAUUCUGAUGGCAACAUCGUACCCCCUGCCCGAAAUCAUCUCCGACUCACGUGGAAAUGAUCAGGAUAGCGAGAAACUUCUGGACGUUUUAUUUCCAUAUCUGAAAACACAUCAAAAACUACAAAACUCUCUAUAUUUAUGUCUUAUUUUUGUAAAAUUAUUGUCUCGCCAUUUUACAUUCCGGCAUUUUCCAUUUCAACAUUUAUGAUAGUAAAUGACAGAAUUCAAACUCAA